UUGUCUAACAAAUUUCCUAAGCUUUAAUUAUUUUCAAAUAUAGCAAUUUUUAAAAUCAUUUAUUCGCCAUUUUUUAAAAAAAAAGGUGGCUAUAAUCUUAGUUUUUUACUUCAUUUGUCUUUCAAAAUUAUUUACCACGAAAAUGGGCCUAACAAAAAGUCGUGGGCUCAAAGAGAUGGGCCUUUAGGAAAAGAGACGGGCUACAACUAGGUCCCACCAACAGAACCGGUUCAUUUCGGUUCAGACCGUUUUUAACAACCACCGACCAACCAGACCUACCGAACUAAUUCUAUUAAAACCGGUCCAAGUCAGUUGGUUCAUCUUGGUUUCUCAAAUUUUCCAUUAUUAUAAAUUUAAGAAAUGGAGAGAGAGAGAGAAAGAGAGAGGGAAAGAGAGGGUGUGGAGUCAAAAUCAUAAUGGAAAAGUGCUUUUAGUAAAAACAAACACUUUUACGUUCUGCUUUAUAAAAAGUUUGUAAGGUUAGAAUUCGGAAGCACUUUCCGUCCAACUGCUUGACUGGAAACCACAUUUACAGACAAAAAACUGUUAUACCAAACAUUCCCCCAUUCUAAUUUGAUUCUUCCUCCAUUCACUUCCGCCCUAAUUUCUCACUUCUCCUUCAAUCGCUUUAAAUCAAAUCUAUCACAUACUGUUGUUUUGACUCUCUCUUAAGAAUGUCCAAAAGUUUAGCCACUAGUGAUGAAAAAGAGAGGCAAACAAAGGCUAUUUGGGAUGAUGUUACUGUCGAUUCAUUCAUAAAUGUUUGUGUUACCGAGACGUUAAAUGGGCAUAGACCUCGAGGUUAUUUUACGAAAACCGGAUGGAGGAAUGUAGUUAAGAACUUCUAUGAAAAGACAGGAAGAAAUUAUGGAUACAAGCAACUUAAGAACAAAUGGACAACACUGAAGAGAGAUUGGCAAGUUUGGAAUGAUUUGAUUAGAAAUGAAAAAGAAAUAGGAUGGGACCCUCUGAGGCAAACCAUUGAUGCAACUAGUCAAUGGUGGGAUCACAAAUUAAAGGUUCUUCCUGAGGCAGCCAAGUUUCGUGCUAAAGGAUUGCAAAACGUGGAGCUCUUAAACAUUCUUUUUAAAGGUGUUGCAAUUAAUGGAGGAGCUUGGGCCCCAACCCCAUCUCAAGUUGUUUUACGCAAGGAAAGUGAUGAGGUUGAAAAAGAUUAUAAUGACGACACCAUAGGAGAUACAAAGUUCAACGAGAAUGAGUUUAACAAUGUUGAAAGUAACACUAAUGAAGUUAACACUAGUGCGACUUAUACUCAAGAGAGUGAGAAAAGGAGGAAAAGAGUAGAUUCAAAGGUUGGAUCACCUUCUAGGUUGUUUGACGCAUUAGAUCGUCUUUCCGAUGCUAUAGAAUAUAGAAAAAGAGACUUACCGGGAUGUAGUACUUUGGAAGUAAUGGAAACUUUAAGAAGUUUGCCUGGGAUUAUAGAGGGAGAUGAGUUGUAUAUGAAGGCUGCAGAUAUACUUAUCAAAAGAGAAAAUAGAGAAAUGUUUGUUGCACUACAAAAGCCAUUAAUACAAAUUACAUGGCUUAAGCAAAAAAGAGUUUGACAUUAUAGCAAAGUAAAUUGACCAUAGGAUUACAAACUUUCAUAAGCCUUAUAGAAAAAACAUUCCGAGUCUUGGCCUCGGUGAAAGACUUGGUUUUGUUUUGUGUUCAAAUCAUCAUUAAAUGUCUAUCUUUGUCUAGUUAAAUAUAA